ACCGGCGUGUUUGUCUCUUUGUCUUCCGCAGCCUUUCCUUCUUUUCUUUUUUCAUUUUCUGAAGAACACGAGGAUCAUCUUUUUCUUCUUGAUCGUCAUCAUCCUCAUAGUGAAGUUCUUCUUCUUUUCUUCUGAAGAAACGAAUUUAAUUUUGUUUUUAUUUCACAACCGUUUCAAUUUUCACUCAAGCGUUGAUUUCUUCUCCUUCCUCCAUCGUUGCUAUCCGUUUCAUUUUUUUUUUUUUUAAAUUCUGCAAUUUCUGCUUAAAGUUUUUGUAUAGUGAAGUAAAGUUAUGGCCAAGAAUGAGGAAGGAAGUGGUAGUCCGAGCUGGGGAGCGUCGUUUUUCACGCAGACCUCAGAAGAUGUUGCAAUGGCUUUUGCUGCUGCUGCCUCUGCGAUAAACCCACCUAGGCCUUCUGUAGUCUUUUCAUCGAAAGAUGAAUCCAGUGAUAGCCCUUUGGAGAGGCUACAGAGGCAGGUGUCGAGGGCGGUCAAAAACUUCUAUGAAACUCCUAAAACCAAGAGUAUGGUGUACAAUCCUGAGGUUUUGACCAGCCAAAAGCGUCAAUGGGCGAAAAUUCAGGUCCAGUAUUUGGAUCAUAAACCACUUAACGAUCCCUCAAGGCUUUUUGAAAGCGUUGUUGUGGUUGGACUUCAUCCUAAUUGUGAUAUUCAAGCACUUGAAAGACAGUACAUUGCAAGAAAAUCUGAAGGCUCUUCUGGGAGAUUGCGAAGUGCGCUGGUCUCUCAAAAUCAUUCCCGUGUAGAACCCACUCUCGAACCUCAGGUCUUACUUGUGUACCCUCCUGAUAAGCAGCCUCCAAUUAAAUACAAGGAUCUUCAUUCAUUUUGCUUUCCUGGAGGCAUUGAGGUCCAUGCUGUUGAGAGAACUCCUUCCAUGAGCGAGUUGAGUGAGAUUAUUCUCAGUCAGGAACAUCUUAGACCUAGUGACCUUUCAUUUGUAUUUAGGUUGCAGGUUGCUGAUAAUUCGACUUUGUAUGGAUGUUGCAUACUAGUGGAAGAAAUUGUGAACAAGCCGUCCAGAUUGCUUUCAACGGUUUUGGAUAAACAACCUGCUUGCUCAUCAAUAAGUCGCUACGUUAUGACAACUCGCAGAUGCUAUUGCAUCAUUACCAGGCUGCCGUUUUUCGAAUUGCAUUUCGGUGUGUUAAAUAGCAUCUUCUUGGAAGAAAGGCUGGAGCAUUUGAUGAGUGGCAUUAGUUGUGCAUCUUUAGAACCCCCAAUAGAUUUGAGUAUUGGAGAAAGCUUAAAUGAUUCAUCAUCCCAACAAAGAGACUCUGCGGACACAAAUGAACAAACUGGAGAAGCAGUUUCAGAACUCCCUGAAGCUGAGGAAAUCUCAGAUAAUGGAACAUGUGAGGGGAAUCAGAAAGUCGAGACAGUUACAAAAGGAACCGAGCUGUGUUUUGCAGAGUCUAACAACCAUGUAGCUGAAGCUGACGAUACCUUGUCAAGUAUUAAGCAAAGUGGAGAAAGUUGUUUACCAGAUCCUGGCCCCCUUCUUCGGUGCCCAUUUUUAGAUGAGGUCUCUGAUUCUAGUUCGAGCUUUCAGGCUGCUCCCUGCGAGAAGAGGCAUUUUAGGACCAGUGCAGAUGAUACUGAGACAGACGAAGCAUCCUUUUCUGGUCAAGAUGAUACAAGCAGUAAUCUUGAUAUCCUUGAGUGGGCAAUGUCCAAAAACAAUGGGUCGUUGCAGAUACUAUGUGAAUAUUACCAAUUAAAAUGCCCGGCAAGAGGUUCAACUAUUACAUUUCAUCCUUUGGAGCAUCUUCAUCCAGUCGCAUAUAAUAGACCCGAUGAAGCGGCGUUACAUACACCCGGAUCGACAAGUGACCUAAGAUCAUGCAGUACUAGUCUAGAACUCGCGGAGGCACACACUGCGCUCAUGGCUGAGGAAGAAGCGGCUGCACUGUCUACAUGGGCUGUCGCUUCGUUGUGUGGAUCACUGCGACUUGACAAUGUCUUGAUGAUCCUAGCAGGAGCACUGCUUGAGAAACAGAUUGUAUUUAUUUGCUCCAAUUUGGGAAUCUUAGCUGCAUCAGUUCUAUCACUUAUCCCAGUAAUCCGUCCCUUCCGGUGGCAGAGCCUUUUAAUGCCGGUUUUGCCAGAUGAUAUGCUGGAAUUUUUGGAUGCCCCAGUCCCUUACAUAGUCGGGGUAAAGAAUAGAACAAGUGAAGUUCAGUCGAAACUAACUAAUGUUAUCGUCGUGGACGUUAUUAAGAACCAGGUCAAGUCACCAAGUAUUCCUCAGUUGCCUCAGUAUCGAGACUUAUAUAAUGCGCUGAGUCCUUAUCACUCAAAGCUCGUCGGAGAAACCUAUCUAGCAAGGAAAAGACCAGUGUAUGAAUGUACCGAUGUGCAGGUUGAAGCUGCAAAAGGGUUCCUGAGCGUCUUACGGUCGUACCUGGAUUCUCUUUGCUCUAAUCUGCAGUCUCACACUAUAACAAAUGUGCAAUCCAACAAUGAUAAGGUGUCUCUUCUCUUAAAGGAAAGCUUCAUCGACUCGUUUCCUAGUCGCCAUCGCCAAUUUAUGAAGCUAUUCCUGGAUACACAACUCUUCUCUGUACACACCGAUCUCGUUCUUUCAUUUAUCCAGAAGCUAUAGGACUACUUAAAAAAAAAAACAAGUCUUGUUGGUGAAAAAUAGGCGGGAGAAGCGCCAUCAAUUCUGUGUUAUUUGUAACAUGUUUGAGAAAAAUAGUGUAUAUGGGAAACAAGAACCAUGUUUGAGAAAAAUAGUGUAUAUGGGAAACAAGAAGACUUCCCUAGAUGAAGUUUGAUACAGAAAACCAUCAUAUCUUCUUUGUAUUAACUAAACCAUAGAAUUUGUUAUUUUGUACAGUAUUUUGAAAGUGAAGGUUUGUUAGUUUUGU